GGGGAACUGUCACAGUUGGGACAUCUGAGAUGGCUAACAAUAUCCACCCAGCUCAGAAGUGAAUGUGAAUUUAGACCGAGCGAGAAGUCAGGUGAACACAUCAAAGGUGAACAGAACGUUUAAAAGAAGGGGGUUAGCAAAGAGAGGGACUCAGUUCAGGGCGAGAGGGGUUUUAUGAAGAUCAGGAGGCGGUGAUGGCGAGUGAAGGAACAUUAAAUGAGAGUUCGGAGGAGCACGGGGGAGACAGCUCGCUACUGUCUGAUUACACUGAGGCUGAGACUCUGGUAGACCCAGGGGGUUCAGUGUUGGAGCAGCUAGGUUUGGACUCCAACUCGGAUUUCUCGGAUUCAGGAGUGCAGCAGCGUCUGGAGGAACAGCGCGAGAGAAUCCGCAAAGAGAUCCGCAAGGAACUGAAGAUCAAAGAGGGGGCGGAGAACCUGCGACGGGCCACCACCGACAAACGCAACGCCCAUCAGGUGGACAGCCAGCUUCGCUCCUCCAAGCGCAGACUGGACGCUUUGCAUACCCAGCUUCAGGAGCUGGAUGCACACAUCAUGGUGAAGGGCACAGACGACUGCAAGGAUGAUGGCUGCUCCUCAGCCAAUCAGGAGAGGAUCAUGGCUUUGGAGCGUCAGCUCAACAUUGAACUGAAGGUCAAACAGGGAGCAGAAAACAUGAUCCCCAUUUAUGCCAACGGAGCUGCCAAGGACAAAAAGCUGCUGCAGGCGACACAGAAAAUGCUGCAGGACAGCAAGACCAAGAUCGACAUAAUCCGUAUGCAGAUCCACAAAGCCAAACAGGCUACAGAGCAAACAGGAGACACAACGGGGAAGCCGGACACGUGCGGUGUGGAGCUGAGGAUCGAGGAGCUGUGGCAUCACUACCGUGUAGAGCACGCCAUGGCAGAGGGAGCCAAGAACAUGCUGAGACUGCUGGGAGCCGCAAAGGCUCAUGACAAGAAGGCCAUCAGUGAGGCUCAGGGCCGGCUUACAGAAGCAUCUCAGAGGUUAGAUUUGCUGAAGGAGUCUUUAGAGAAGCGGUUGCAGGAAUUGCCCGAGGAUCAUCCUAAAGCGUGUUUAAUUAAAGAGGAGCUCAUUUUGGCCUCCUCUUCAGCUUUUAGCAGCCAACAAGGUGCACCUUAUGUACACAACCAGUACAGCACGCUCAGUAAACCGUCUCCACUUACAGGCUCUCUCCAGGUGCGCUUGUUGGGAUGUAUGGGCGUGUUGGAGGUGGUACCCGGCCGCAGCAGGAACUCGCUGGGGGUGUUGCCAAGUUUCAACCCUGGAGACGGACGGUCAUUUAAAUUUAGCAGCCUCAGCCUUAAAACUCCCAGCAAGAUGGAUGAGCUUUCCUCUGAGGUGAGUGCUGUGUUAAAGCUGGAGAACACUGUGGUUGGCCAGACGAGCUGGAGGACGAUAGGAGACCAGGCCUGGGACCAAAGCUUUACAGUCGAACUGGAGAGGUCCAGGGAGAUGGAGAUUGCAGUGUACUGGAGGGAUUAUCGCUCUCUCUGUGCUCUCAAGUAUCUCAAACUGGAGGAUUUUCUGGAUAACCAGAGACACAGAAUACACCUGGAGCUGGAACCAGAGGGUAUACUGCUGGCUGAGAUUACGUUUUUUAAUCCUGUAAUAGAAAGAGGUCCCAGGCUUCAGCGCCAAAAGAAGGUCUUCUCCAAACAGCAGGGUAAAGCGUUUUUGAGGGCUAAGCAGAUGAACGUGGAUAUUGCCACCUGGGUCCGUUUGCUGAAGAAUGCCAUCCCGACCAGCAGCUUCUCACACAACUCUCACACACAUAACACAGGAUUGAGCUCAGAAGACAAGAUAAAUAUGGACUGUGCUUCUCCACGAUCAGACAGCCAAAGGAAAGAGGCAGAGAUGAUGGUAGAAGCGGUCUCUCCCCCUGAUUUAGCUCCAGAGCAGCCUGCCAAGCUCAACUCCCACAAUUCCCAGUGCAGGCAGAGCAAGGGUCCACUUUGUUUACAGGAUUUUCGACUCGUUGCUGUGCUGGGCCGAGGACAUUUUGGCAAGGUCUUAUUGUCUGAGCACUCAGGAAAUCAGUACGCCAUCAAAGCUCUGAAAAAGGGAGACAUCAUCGCCCGGGAUGAAGUGGAAAGUCUGAUGUGUGAGAAGCGGAUCUUUGAGGUGGUGACGGACUCUCAUCACCCGUUCCUAGUCAAUCUGUUUGCGUGUUUCCAGACCCCAGAACAUGUGUGCUUUGUCAUGGAGUACACAGCUGGAGGAGACCUGAUGAUGCACAUCCAUGCUGAUGUCUUCUCUGAACCACGUUCCAUGUUCUAUUCUGCAUGUGUGGUUUUGGGCCUACAGUUCCUUCAUGAUAAUAAGAUCGUGUACAGGGAUCUGAAGCUGGAUAACUUGCUGCUGGACACUGAAGGUUAUGUAAAGAUUGCUGAUUUUGGUCUCUGCAAAGAGGGUAUGGGUUAUGAGGACAGGACCAGUACAUUCUGUGGUACUCCAGAGUUUUUGGCGCCAGAAGUUCUGACCGAUACAUCCUACACUCGAGCAGUGGAUUGGUGGGGACUUGGAGUUCUCAUCUAUGAGAUGCUUGUGGGAGAGUCUCCAUUUCCAGGUGACGAUGAGGAGGAGGUAUUUGACAGCAUUGUGAAUGAUGAAGUGCGUUACCCGCGAUUCCUUUCUUCUGAAGCCAUCGGCCUGAUGAGACGGUUGCUAAGAAGGAACCCAGAAAGGAGGUUGGGCUCCAGCUGUCAGGAUGCAGAAGAAGUGAAGAAGCAGCCUUUCUUUAGGAAUAUGGACUGGGAGGCUCUGUUGAAGAAGAAAGUCGUUCCUCCCUUCGUGCCCUCUUUGGGGAACAAAGAAGAUGUGAGUAACUUCGAUGCGGAGUUCACUACAGAGGCACCCACUCUGACCCCUCCUCGAGAGCGAAGGAACCUCUCCCACAAAGACCAGGACUAUUUCAAAGACUUCGACUAUGUGUCAGACCUCUGCUAGAGACUAGACCACCAGAAGAGACAAGGGCUCAAGAAACCUGGACCAUAUACAGACCAUAUACUGUGAGCUGGAGAUUUAGGCUGUGUUCUCUCUGUCUUCUCUGUGGAAGGUUGCAGAAGCAGGAACGUCUGUGUUACUGACAGUCUUAGAUGGUCACGUUUAUCCUCAGGUUCAGCACCAUGGAAUUCAAACACAUCAUGGUUGAGGAGAGAAGAGAGCACAUGGGAGGUAUUUAAAGAUCUCAGUGCAUUAUGGAACAUAAAUCUCAACAGGAA